CGGCUCCCCCUCCCAGAGCCCCCUCCCCGGAGCGGAGCCCACCUGAGGGCCCCUCUCCCGCCCCCGGCUCAGCCGCCCGGCCAGAACAGCAGCCGCGGGGGGCAGCCCCCCGUCAGCCUGCCUCCCUCCAGCCCAGCCUGCCAGACGCCCCCCAACCAUGAAUCUCUUCCGAUUCCUGGGAGACCUCUCCCACCUCCUAGCCAUCAUCUUGCUACUGCUCAAAAUCUGGAAGUCCCGCUCGUGUGCCGGGAUUUCGGGGAAGAGCCAGGUCCUGUUUGCUGUAGUGUUCACUGCCCGUUACCUGGACCUCUUCACCAACUACAUCUCCCUCUACAACACGUGCAUGAAGGUGGUCUACAUCGCCUGCUCCUUCACCACAGUCUGGAUGAUUUACAGCAAGUUCAAAGCCACUUAUGAUGGGAACCAUGAUACCUUCCGGGUGGAGUUCCUCGUUGUUCCCACGGCCAUCCUGGCGUUCCUGGUCAACCAUGACUUUACCCCUCUGGAGAUCCUCUGGACUUUCUCCAUCUACCUGGAGUCGGUGGCCAUCCUGCCGCAGCUGUUCAUGGUGAGCAAGACGGGCGAGGCGGAGACCAUCACCAGCCACUACCUGUUCGCGCUGGGCGUCUACCGCACGCUCUAUCUCUUCAACUGGAUCUGGCGCUAUCAUUUCGAGGGCUUCUUCGACCUCAUCGCCAUCGUGGCCGGCCUGGUCCAGACGGUCCUCUACUGCGAUUUCUUCUACCUCUAUAUCACCAAAGUCCUAAAGGGGAAGAAGCUGAGCUUGCCGGCGUAACCCUGGUCCUCGCCGUCCCUCCUCGGCAGCCCAGCAGCAGCGGGAGGCAGAGGAAGGCAACCGAAGACGAAGAGCCUUCCCGUCCAGGGGUGACUUUUUAAACACCCAGCCUCUCCCCGCUCUCCAUCCCGGCUCCUGCCGAGUUUCAGGGGGCGGGGGAGGACCCACGCCUUGGGCAGUUCAGGACCUAGGCUGUUUGUAGUUUUUUGCCUUUUAGAGAAGAAGAAGAAGAAAAAAAAAAAUCUUUCCACUCUUGAGCUUUUGAUUCUGAUGACUCCUUUCUCUUCUACUCUCUGGUCCCCAUUUUUAUAAACUGUUUUUGAGGGGCCCGUGGGGCCGGGCAGGGUCGGAGAUGUUUUCCCUGCCCUGAGCUCCUCAGACCCCUUCCAGAUCCUACUCCCCCAGCCCCACUGGUUGCCAAACACUAAAUCUGCCGACACCCGCCUUCCCAGCCUCCCACCGUGGCCGUGAACACAGCCUCCUGCUCCCCCAAACUUCUGGGUUGGGGGGGGAAGGUCUCCCCUCAUUUUUCAUAAUAACUUUUUUCCAGAGUUUUGGACUUUUGGUCUUGUCCUCAUUUUUUUUUUUUUUUUUUUUUUUGGCAAUUUAGGGGAACAAGGGGGGCCGGGCAUGGGAACGGGGCUGGCCUGAGGGUCCCCGUGAUUCUACCGCCAUGUUUUUGUACAGAAAGGAUGAUUGAUUCUUUGUUCUCUUGAAAUAAACCGAGGAAAACGAUGCCUCUC